GGCUUAUUUCACUUUGAGAGAUUUUAAAUAUCUUUUGUUGCUAACACGCUAAAGUUAACACACAGCAAUACAACAGACCAGUAGGCGGGUUUUUCUCUCAUUAUUACAUUGUCCUGCUGUUAGUUUAUUUAUUCAUUCAAAAUACUAUAGCGAGAGACUUUGGUGCGACAACAGUGAGCAGCAUCUUUCAGAUCUACUGUUGGAUUAUGAAGAAAUUUACCAACACUUAUGUAUCACACCGCAGAAGCUCUAGAAGGUGUCAGUGUGCAGUUCUACACAGGAACAUCCAUCACCAAAGCAUGUCCAGUCAGGGACUGUUCGAGAAACUGCCAGCUGAGGUGUUUGGUUUAAUAUUGGACCAUCUGACAGCUCUUGAACUGAGUGUUUUCAGCAUGGUAUCGAAAAGUAUCAGUAACUGUGUAGUGAGCCAUGUGUCUACUUUGGCCUGGAGGAACCAGAAGAUUUUGAAGAAGAGCCACUGCACAUCACACAAAGCAGAACACUUGAACACAGUACUUGAUCAUUUCAGAUCCCUUGGUUUACUGUUCAAGAGAUGCACUCUGUUACUACCAACCAAAGAAAGGCUGAAGUUUAUUUCUAACACAUUUUCACAGAUUCCCUGUUUUAUGAUUGAGCGAUGUGAUGCACUACCUUUGUGCCAAGGUUUUGUUUGCUAUGGAGUCUUCUUGCAGACACUGAUAGCUGGUUGGGAUGAGCUGGAAUGCCACCGUGUAUUUAACUUUUUGUCCAAAACUGCACAUCUUCAGUGGAAAAUAGAGGGUGCUGUUACAAGCAACCCAGGUGCAUGCCACUGGUUAGAGCAAGAGAUACGUUUUUUCUGCAGAGGUGUUAUGUUUGAACAAUGGAAAAAUAGAAGGGAUGCUUAUUUCUGGCUUACAUGCAUCCUUAGACCUUGGCCAAUCAUCAACCAAGCUCGUCUACUCUUUAUCCUCUUUGGCCCGCUGCAGUCCGAUGGGAAGCUAGGCUGGCAGGAUGUGUGGGAUGGUGCAGUAGUGCAUGAUGCUCUGUGGGAUUUGGCCAAAGCAAUUCUUCUUCUUUAUGGAAACACAGAUGGAAAUAAAAACUGGAGCACUGACACGAUUCUUGCCAUCAUAAAUGAGAUCAUUGUCAUGCCACAGCCAUGGCAUAUGGAGAACGUAGCACGUCUGCUCAUCCUGUGUGGGAACAAUAUCUGCUACAAUGUGCUAGCUAGCAAGGCCCUCAAUGGCAGGCUCUUUGAGAUCUCUCGAAUACUGAUUUUUCUUAUUCUGGUGAGUGAGAAGGAUGGGUACUGCAUGAACUGGGUAGUUACGAUGAUCCAACAGGUGUGUCAGGUUUUCACACUGCCCUUGGAGAAGCGGUCCUUCAUUGAGAGAAUGGAAAAUAUGUUUUCUGAAGUCGCUAUGGAACUUGUUGAACAAGUAUUGGCAGGACAUCAGAAUGGAGAACUGGACACUGCAUUAAGAAGUCUGAACAGCCUUUUGAUUGCAAAUGCUAAUUUUCACACAGAUAUUUUUUGUGUAUUCCUCAAGAAAGAGUAAGUCCAUACCAAAACUCACUACAAAAUGUACCAGCUUGGUUUAAUAGUCAUACCUCGAUACCUUGCAUUUCUGACACUGUGCUAUUAAACUUAAGGCACAUUUUUACAUUGUUAAAAUAAUUUAGUUCCAAGUAUACAUGUUUUAAAAUUCAUCUGUGUCUGUAUCUGUGCUUUAAACACGUUGGUUCUGUACUUUACGCAUUGUUUUGAGGAUGCUACUAAACAUGUUUAAUUUGAAAAGCUAAACUGGAAUAUAUUCUGUGGUUAAAUUGGCAAGAGUACAUUUGCAAAAAUUUGUUAAAUGUUUUCUAGUUAAAAAAUGUGUUCUUUAGUUUGGUGUAAUAACAAACAAAUAUGCAUGUGUUUUCCUAAGCUGAUACACAGCAAAAAGUACAUUUCUAUGAAAUGUGUAGUAUGAUCU